AUGGAACAUAAAAGUCCGUGUCCUAAGAUGCUACGAGCGUACAACAUUCGGGGAACACUCUACACUUUUGGGGGUACCGUAUUCAUGCUUCCAUUAAAAAAGUUUUAUAGGCGCCAUUUGAAAAAAAGAAGUGUUGUUGCAAUUAGGGACUUCAUUGUAGCUCCAAAUGGUGAUAGGUACAAGAUAAUAAGAGGAAGGUACAAAAUUACAUUUCAUGGCCUAACUCGGGUGGUGAGAGUCACAGAAGACAGUCUUUUGACAACAGAACAACAAGUUUUACCGAAAAAACUUUGGAGGACAUUGAGUAAUUUUUAUAUAACGAUACCAAUAAAUUUUGCAAUCGAAACAAACUAUCUUGAACGUUGUAGGAAAAAAAAGUUGAUGAAAUAA